AUGUAUUUCUCUAUAUUACUUGUUAUAUACACGUCAUUAUAUGCAUCAUACUGUAAUUCUAGUCCAUUAUAUUUUAUUUAUCAAGAAGCAUGGCCUGUAUCCUUAGCAUGGAAAUGUAGUGGUACACCAAUGUUAAAUGGACAACGUGUUCAGUUCAUUGAAGAAGCGACAGAAGUUUAUUAUGAUACAUUAAUGUCUGGAAGAUUUAUAGAAGAUAGAAAUUUAGACGUUGUCAUACCACCGAAUAGCAUAUUAAAAUCAAAAGAUUAUUUAAAUAUGCUUGAUCUAGUAAUACAUACAUCAGGAAAAAAUCUUGGUAAUCCAGUUGUAAUGCGGAUUAAUUGUGAAUUAAUGAAUAAUUUAAAAUGGGUCAAAGAAGUAUACAAUAGAGCAUUAUCCAGAAAUACAAAGACAUUUAGAGCUAUACUGGAUAUUAUUUAUAGAUUGGGUUUAUGCAUUCGUGAGAUUGAUCCACAUUUAAAUUGCCCAGAUGUUUGUCGAGGUAAAACACAUAAAUUUUGCAAAAACAAACCAUACACUGUUGGUUUCUGUGGUACUUAUAUGAAUGACUUAUUACGUGAUGCAAAAAUCCAUUAUACAGAAGAGAAAAAAGUAAAAGAAUUAAAAAGGAUUUUGAAAAAUUGGUUAUUACAUGUACCUGUUGAGAGACGUCUACCGAUGGAAUUUUUUCUGCAUUUUAUUAAUAAUAAAAAAUUGUUUCUCAAAGUCAUUGAAAUUCAACGACAAAGUGCAUUGAUAGCUUAUUGUCCUUGUCAAGCUAAAUAUAUAUAUGACAGAAAUUCAGACACAUGUUCAAAAGUAAGAAGACAACAUAGUUGUUACAGUGACAGUUACUGUGCGAAUGGAGGUACAUGUGUACAAAAUCUGGAGAUUGAUCAUCUGGAGUCAGGCUUAUUUUGUCAAUGUCCACCUGCUUUUAAAGGUACUCAGUGCGAGUAUGAAAGAAAUCCAUGCGAAGAUGAAGUUGGCUGUGUUCCAUUUUCUUGUGUGCGAGAUCCACGAAAUUUAGAGUAUGGUUCCCGUUGUCAAUGUCCUACAACACAUCAACAUCAGACUGAAAGUGAACCCAGGUGUGUACCUAUAUCAGUUUGUGGUGAAUUCAAUAUAACAAGUGAAUUUAAAAUGAGAAGGCAACCAUGUAGGAAUUCGGGUCAGUGUAUCCAAGAUACUAAGAAUCCAACUUUGUAUAAAUGUAUUUGUAGCCAUGGUUAUACAGGUGAUCAUUGUGAGAUUGAACCAUCACCAGCUAUAUGGAGUGUAUGGUCAGCAUGGUCUAAUUGUUUAUGGCCUGACUUAAAUGAAAUAUGCCACAAAAAACCAUAUCGUCAACAAAUACGCACUUGUAUAACUAAUGCAAUCGGCCAAAAAUGUAUGGGGGAAACAAAAAGGAUAACACAUAUUGGAUGUGAUCUCAGUGUACUCCAUUCAAAAUCAGAGAUCAACGUAUCACAAACAAAACGUGAGAAUCUAAUAAACGCAUUAAAAUUAUGUGAUUUAUAUAGUAAACAAUAUGUUAUGCCAACAAGUGAAUAUGGAUUAAAUCAACAAUUAAUAAUAGUUGAAGAAGCCGAUGAUUGGAUUACAACCGGUUUUGAGGAUGCACCACAACUACAUUUGAGUGAGUCAACAGUAACUGAUCAAUCACAGUCAGCAAACUGGCCUACGAGACAGGACUAUCUACUCACCACAGGAUGGAUAUAUUUGACCAUAAUUCACAUAGGAACAAUACUAUUUUGGAUUCAUUACAUACACCGUUGGAGAACACAACGAAGAGAUUAG